UAUUUUGCUCUAAUCAUGGCUGAGAUUGUUCUUUCUGCAUUCCUCACAGUGCUCUUUGAGAAACUAACUUCUGUUGCUUUUGUAAAACUUGCCAGUGAUAAGGGAAUCAAUUCUGACAUAAAGAAAUGGCAGCGAUCGUUAUUUCAGAUCAGAGAUGUGCUCACUGAUGCUUCUCAGAAGGAGAUCACCGAUGUUUCCGUUAAACGAUGGCUGAACGGUCUCCAACAUCUGGCCUAUGACAUAGAUGACAUACUUGACGAUUUGGCAACCGAGGCUAUGCAUCACGACUUGUCUGGACACAUCACCAGCAAGGUAAGAAAGCUCAUCCCAACUUGUUGCACAAGUUUCUCAAUAGGUAAUAGGAUGCAAGAUAACCUAAACAAUAUUACUUCUAAAUUACAAGACCUGUUAGAUGAAAAAACUACUCUUGGGUUAAUUGUGAAAGAUGGAAGGUCAAAAAGUAUAACUAGAAGAUUACAUACGUCUCUAGUUCACACAUCCAGCAUUGUUGGACGUGAAGCGGACAAGAAGGCAUUGCUUGACAAGCUAUUGCGGGAUGAAACAUGUAAUGAAAACUUUAGCAUUGUGCCCAUAGUUGGUAUGGGUGGGAUAGGUAAAACAACUCUAGCUAGACUUUUGUAUGACGAAAAGCAAGUGAAGGAUCACUUCCAACUCAAGGCAUGGGUUUGUGUUUCAGAUGUGUUUGAUAGCUUUGAUAUAAGCAAAGUUAUCUUUCAAUCUGUGACAGGGGAAAACAAGGAAUUUGCAGAUCUAAAUCUGCUUCAAGCAGCUCUUAGAGAUCAACUUAUGGGGAAACAAUUUUUACUUGUUUUAGAUGACGUAUGGAGCGAGAGCUUUGAGGAUUGGGAAUCCUUAGUUGGCCCAUUUCUAUCAACAGCUCCUGGAAGUAAGAUUAUCAUGACAACUCGAAAGCAUCAAAUGCUAAAGAAACUUGGUUACAAUAAUCCACACUAUAUGCAAAGUCUUUCACAUGAUGAUUCCAUGAUUCUAUUUGCCCAACAUGCAUUAGGUGAAAAUAACUUUGAUUCACAUCCAAUGCUUAAGCCACAUGGUGAAGGUAUUGUGAAAAAAUGUGAUGGCUUACCUUUAGCUUUACGAGCACUAGGAAGGUCAUUGAGGACAAAAACAAAUGACCAAGAGUGGAAGGAACUAUUGUAUAGUGAGAUAUGGAUGUUACAAGAGGAAGAUGGAAUCGUUCCGGCUCUUAGACUAAGCUACCAUGAUCUACCUGCACACUUGAAGCAGUUAUUUGCAUACUUGGCCUUGUUUCCCAAAGGCUACGUGUUUGACAGGGAGGACUUGAUUUUAUUGUGGAUGGCUGAGGGGUUUUUGCAUCAAACAAUACAAUGGAAGCUCUCCGAACGAUUAGGUCAUGAAUACUUUGAAGAGUUGUUAGCAAGGUCCUUCUUUCAACGUGUGCCAAAUGAAGAAUCACUAUUUGUGAUGCAUGACCUUAUGAAUGAUUUGGCCACAUUUGUUGCAGAUGAUUUUUUUGCAAGUUUGGAGAAGAGGGUGAAGAAUGAAGCUUUAGAAAAGUACCGCCAUAUGUCAUUUAUUCGUGAAGAAUAUGUAGUUUAUGAGAAGUUGAAGGCAUUCCAAAGAGCUAAAGGUCUAAGAACAUUCUUAGCGGUGUAUGCAGGGGUGGAAGAAAGUUGGCAACGUUUCUAUUUAUCUGGUAAGAUUUUGGCUGACUUACUUCCUGAGUUACCAUUGUUAAGGGUCCUUAGUUUAAGUUGUUUUGAGAUAUGCGAGGUACCAGAUUUCAUUGGUAGUUUGAAGCAUUUGCGGUAUCUUAAUUUAUCUCGAACUCAAAUCACACAUUUACCAGAAAAUGUUUGUAAUUUAUAUAAUUUACAAACAUUGAUCCUUUUUGGCUGCCGUAGAUUGAAAAGGUUGCCCAAAAGCUUCUUAAGGCUAAAACAUUUGAGACAUUUUGACAUUAGGGAUACUCCCCUUCUGCAAAAGAUGCCUAUGGGCAUUGGCGAGUUGAAAAGCCUGCAAACUCUAUCCAAGAUCAUUCUUGGAGAACAUAAUGGCUUUGCAAUCACAGAGCUCAAAGACUUCGAAAACAUCCAUGGAAAGUUAUCCAUUAAGGGGCUUGAGAAAGUGCAAAAUGCAAUGCAAGCACAUGAGGCUAGCGUACCACAAAAGAGGCUUAGUGAAUUAGAGGUGGAAUGGAGUGAUGUUUUCGACAGUUCUCGAAAUGGAAGACUUGAGAAGGAGGUUCUUAAUGUGUUGAAUCCUCGUAAGGAUAAUUUGAAAAAGCUCAAAAUCGUGGCUUAUGGGGGUAAAGAGUUCCCAACCUGGGUUGCAGAUCCUUCGUUUUUUUGCUUGAGUAAUGUGUCAUUGCGUAGGUGUAGAAAAUGUACAACUCUACCACCAUUUGGGCAUUUGCCGUUACUUAAGGAGUUGUUUAUUGAGGGCCUCGAUGGGGUGAAAGUUGUGGGUUUGGAGUUACUUGGGACUAGUAUUGCGUUCCCUUCACUUGAACACCUACGUUUUAAGGAUAUGCCCGGGUGGGAAGCAUGGUCAAUCAGUAGUGGGGAUGUAGAUGCAUUGUUUCCAUGCCUUCAAAUGCUUCACAUUGAAAAUUGCCCUAAUUUGGUAGACGUCUCACUUGACACACUGCCAUCACUUAGGGGUCUAUAUAUAGCCUCAUGUGGUCAUGGUGUCCUAAGUUUAACUCAGGCAGCUGUUUCAGUCACCCAGUUAGAUAUGUGGUCAAUUUCAGGGCUUAAUGAUCGGCUGUGGCGACAUAUUAUGGAGAACUUAACAUCUCUUAGGAUGUUGGAUAUACGGGAUUGUAACAAUCUCGAGAGCUGCAUUUGUCCAAAUAGCAUUGAGAUGUUGAGGAUAGUACAUUGUACUUCGCUUACAUCUGUAUCCUUCCUAACAGGGGGAGGGCAAAACCUCAAGUCUUUUGUGGUUAACGGUUGUCAGGCAAUGGACUUGGGAGGAGAGAAUAGUACGGGUGUUAUGAGGAUGCUUGAAGGCAUAUAUAUACGUGAUUGGUCAAAUAUGAAAGUGAUCACUGAAUUGAGUUACUUCACUCAUAUCACUCGAUUAGUAGUAAGAGAUUGUCCACGUUUAGAAUCAUUUCCAGACCAGGAGUUGCCAAAUCUCACCUCGUUAAAAUAUCUGGCAAUACUAGACUGUCCAAGUAUGGAUGAUUUGUUUCCUCGUGGCCUCUGGCCUCCCAAAUUGAACUAUCUUAGAAUUGGGAGGUUGAAGAAGCCCAUCUCAGAGUGGGGCCCUCAGAACUUUCCGACCUCACUUGCUCGGCUAGAGUUAUGGGGUGGACCAUUAGAAGAUGUGAGUAAUUGUGCUCAAUUAUCCCAUCUUCUUCCUCCAUCUCUUGCUUAUCUUUUCAUAAACGAAUUUGAGAAAUUGGAAUCACUUUCAGUGGGACUCCAACACCUCACGUCUCUCCAAAAUCUCUUCAUUUACAAGUGCCCAGAAAUGAGACAUUUACCUGAAAUGUUGUUGCCAUCACUUUUAAGUUUGACAAUCUAUGCAUGCCCAAAUUUGAAAGAAAGGAGUAGCAGAAAAGGCUCUUACUACUGGCCCCUGAUCUCCCAUAUUCCGUGCAUAGACAUAGACUAAAGAAUCCUGAAGUCAUAUGCAGGUACUUUGGCUGAUCGCUGCGGGUUUCCCAAACCAGGCCCCUCCCUACUUGAUGCGGCGGCUAUUCAAACUGGAAUAUGGAUGAUCUGGAUCAACAGAAACCGGAUUUGUUUCUAAGAUGGGCAUCGAUCUCGUGGUGUAUUUUUGAUUAUGUUAACCUUCCAGUCUUUCAAUUGGGUAUCUAUACUAGAACUAAACAUUGUAAUAUCAUUUGGGCAGACUAAUAUGCUAAUCCUGUAUCCGGCUGCCAAAACCCAGAGUAAUUUCUUAGUAGGGAAAAAUCACUCAUUUAUAUCUUACCUUUCGUUUUUUUAGAUCA